GGUCGGUCGUACCUGAUGGUGGGAGGUAGUAACCCCCGCUUCUCUUCCGCGGGCGGGAGAGUUAGUGCGAAUCAGCUCAGAGCUGUUAGGAUAAGGCCUGGACUUGCCCUCUUGUUUUUCUGGAAUAUUCACCACAAGAUAGCCACUCAAGAAAACACCAUGAAAGAUACUGAUAUCAAGAGACUACUGUAUACCCAUCUUUUAUGCAUAUUUUCAAUUAUCCUAAGCAUCUUCAUUCCAUCAUUCUUCUUGGAGAACUUCUCAAUAUUGGAAACACACUUGACAUGGUUGUGCAUCUGUUCUGUUUUUGUAACUGCCGUCAAUCUAGUAUUAUAUUUAGUAGUGAAACCAAAUGCAUCCUCUAAAAGAAGUUCAUUAUCAUAUAAGGUAACCAGGUUUUUGAAAUGCUGUAUCUACUUUCUUAUGUCAUGUUUCUUCUUUCAUGUAAUUUUUGUUCUAUAUGGAGCACCACUCAUUGAGCUGAUGUUGGAAACAUUUUUAUUUGCAGUUAUUUUGUCUACUUUUACCACUGUACCUUGUUUGUGUUUGUUAGGACCAAACAUCAAAGCAUGGCUAAGAGUUUUCAGUAGAAAUGGAGUUACAUCCAUUUGGGAGAACAGUCUUCAGAUCACUACGAUUUCUAGUUUUAUAGGAACAUGGCUCGGUGCCUUCCCUAUUCCGCUCGAUUGGGAAAGACCGUGGCAGGUAUGGCCCAUCUCUUGUACGCUUGGAGCGACCUUUGGCUACGUGGCUGGCCUUGUGAUUUCACCACUCUGGAUAUACUGGAAUAGAAAGCAGCUUACAUACAAGAACAAUUAAUUGGAGCAAAGGGAGAAGAUACUUCUUUGUGCAGAUUCCGUAAAGACUGUGCAGAAACGUAUAUGGUCUAAGCCAGGCAGUUCCAUUUACAGCACUGUUCUGUUGUUGUUUUUUUUUUUAAUGUAGUUACAACAUGAUGUGAUUGUAGCUUUUUAAACUAUGAAACCCCUGAGAGAUCGUACCUUCUAGUUGAAAUAAAGUAUUUAUAAUAGAUUGUGGCUUCA